AUGGCGACUUCAGCCGCCAGCGGGCUACCUACGACGCGCGUCGACGUCCCCUCAUGGAACGGCGAGGCAGACAAGUUGACGAGCUACAAGUUUGAGGUCUCCAUGUUCACCAAGAGCAUCAAGACUGCGGAGCGCUACGUGUGCGGCCCGCAGCUGUCCGGACUGGAGAGCUGCCCGGACAUCGACACGGUCGACGAGAUCGACAAGGAUGGAGUUUUGAUUGGUUGGAACAAAGUGUUUCAGUACGUAUUGGAGAAGCUGGACUUCACCAGCCUGAAUGAUACGGGCCUCCUCGCGGAGGAGUUCUUCCUGAAGGUCAGCCGGAACUCGGGCGAGACCUUCCAGGACUGGGCCGCCAGAUUCGAGAAGAAGGAGCGGGAGCUGUUGGUGCAGCUCCAAGUCAUUGAUUCCAGCGUGACGGAAGUGAUUGCGAAGCCUCUUCGGACAUGGUGGUUCCUUCGGAAGUCCAAGCUAUCCCCUGUUCAACGUGGAGAGAUCACCGCCACUGACCUCAACUUUGGCAAGACAUACAAGGCCUUGCUCACGCGCUUCCCGGCGGAGGCGCUGGCGGAGCUCGACGGCAAGCAGCACCGUAAGGCCUUCUAUGAGGACACGCCCGUCGACGACGUUGAGGACGAGACUGGUGGGGAAGAUAUUGAUUUCACAGAGGUUGUCGAGCAGCUGAUCACCCUCGCUGAAGAAGAUGAAGAUGAGGAGCCAGCUGACGACAACCCAGCGGACAACGAGGUGUUCGCAGAGUUCAAGCAGGUGGGCAGGAGCUUCAAGGACGCUCGCGACCUGAUCCGACGCCUUCGAGUGUCCCGCGACUACUACCCGGUCGUGUCGCUCAAGGACCCCGAUCGCGUGCCCCCGCCUCCGAACCCGGGACGAGGCUUCCAGCGUGGCCGUGGCAAGAACGGUCGAGGCCGCGCUCGCUUCGACACGGGCAAGGGGCGUGACAUGUCCAAGAUGAAGUGCAUCGCGUGCGGCGAAUAUGGUCAUCGAGCGGCGGACUGCAACGAGAGGUUCAAGAAAGAUAAUACGAGAGAUGGAGCUCGUGGGACUACUCACAACGGCUUCGUCCUGUCCGCCCUCGACGAGUACCUCUACCUCCUGGAGCGCGACGGCAUCUGGGCGAUCCUCGACAUCGGGGCCGCGAAGAGCCUCGGCGGCCUCGAGAGCGUCGAGAACCUCAUGUACGAGAUGCUGGACCAGCACGGCCAGGAGUUCGAGACGACACAUGACGAGUGCUCAUUCACCUUCGGCGACGGCCUCCAGAAGAGCUCGAUGGGCACGGUGAAGGGGAACGUGCUCCUCGGCGGCGACCUGACCGAGGUCAAGCUGUCGGUGAUGCCGAACCGCGUGCCGAUCCUCCUGGGCAUGGACAUUCUGACUGACUCGCUGAAGGUUGUGGUCGACUGCGGCCGGAACUGGAUCGGCCUUCCGACCAUGGGCAACAAGGUGUUCUUCUGCGAGCGCCUCUCGAGCAACCAUCUGGCCGUCAACCUGACGACGCCGCAGUGGUGGAAGGAGGUGCCGCUUUCCUUGCCGAGUGCCGGGUGCCUGACGUCCGAAGCGACGGCGCCCGAUGUUCUGGUCGAGGAGCUGCCCGAAGAGGCCGCUCCGUGCAGCUGCUGCCCUGCGGGGAUCGACAACUUCGGCUCCAGCGACCCCGACGCCAGCAUCAGCAGCAACACCAGCUAUUCCGGCAAGAGCCACACGUGUACGAAGGCGACGGAGGUGACCAUCCGGGAGCAGGCAGUGGCUCUACGCUGGCGGCGCCUGUCCAACAAGCUGAACUCCCCGGAGGUGCAGGGGGGCUGGAAGUUCACUCCGGAGAUGCUCGACGACUCGGAACUGCCGGAGAUGGACUCGAAGAGCCACGACAAGGUCCUGGACGAGAUCUACCAGACCAUCGCCGAGGACCUGACGGAGCUCGGCAGGCCCUACCGCAUCGACCUGAUGGAGGUGUGCUGUCCGGAGGACUCGAGCCUCAGCAAGGCCGUGCAGGACCAGGGAGGCAAAGUGUUCAGGUGCGGCCUCUUCAAUGGGAUCGACAUGGGAACGGCAACCGGGCUUCGACGCGCGCUUCACCUUCUCCGACGACUCCGACCGCGCCGCUUGGUUCUCAGCCCGCCAUGUACAGCAGACUGCCCGAUCCAGAAUCUCAACCAGAAGACAGCUCAGCAGAAGGCCACGUAUCUGGCGAAGGUGCGCAAGGCCCGACGUAUCCAGCGGAACUGCAAGAGCCUCUGGGAAGACUCGAAGAAGAUUCACGACUGCCACACCGAGCUCGAACAGCCAGCUUCCAGCCGAAGCUGGACCAGGUCGCCUUCGAUCAAGGCGAUGCGCGACCAGAUGCACGAGGGCGACAACCACACACACCGCCCCAUCGAGGACGGACAGGUGGUGGCCCAGACGGCCUUUUACCCACCAGCACUGUGCAAGGCCUGGGCAAAGCAUAUCCUGAAGACGAACACCAGCGCGAGGUACGGCAAGGAGAUCUUCACCAGCUUGGAACAGAUCCCAGAGGACGCUGAAGAGGAGAUGGAGGAGGCCCUCGACGAGGACCUCUUGCAGGAUACCCCCGAGGCCAUGGACGACGAGUCGGUCAUGAAGGGCCUGGGCAUCUCCGAGACACCGACCAAGAAGGAGGAGCUGGAGAUAGAGCAACGGCUGACGCGGCUCCACCGCAACCUCGGCCACCCGAGCAACAAGACGCUGUACAAGAUCCUCAAGGCAUCGGGAGCACCUCUCCAGGUCCUACGAGCAGCUCUUCGCCUCCAGUGUCACGCAUGCCAUGCGGGACAACUACCAAAAGCCGUCAGGGUCGCCUCGGGCAUCGAGUUGCCAGGCGUCCUAGAGGUGCUGGCCUCCGACGGGCUCGAGUGGCUCUCGCCGAAGCAGGACUCCUUCCUGAUGACGUUGAACAUCGACGAGGGAUCCGGGCUCACCAGUGUCACCUAUCAUGGACAGAAGGGAGAGCGCAAUGGCAACAUAUCGACUCAGGAGGUGAUUUCAACAUGGAAUGACUGGUGCGGACAUUACCGCCGCCCCAGCCUUCUCCGUCUGGACCCCGAAGGUUGUCAUCGUUCACAAGCAGUGGCCAGGUGGUGUUCGGACCGCGGCAUCGAGCUGUGGAUUGCCCCGGGCGAGGCCCACUGGCUGAUGGGCAAGGUCGAGAGGCGCAUCCAGCUUUUCAAGCGACUGAUGACGAAGCUGGCAACGCUGGACCCCGACUGCCCGGUCGAGGAGUUGGUGUCCUGGGCCGUGAGCGCGAUCAACAGCAUGGGCAAGGUCGGCAACCACUCCCCGUUCGAGCACGUGAUGGGCGUCUCUGGGAUGCCGGCCUCGAGCAACCCGUUCGCCAUCAUUGACGGGGACACCGGGGGGACUCAGGAGCAGAGGCGCCUCCUCGCGCGCAAAAGCUUCCUGGAAGUAGAGUAUGCUGAGCGUCGUCGACACGCCGAACAGGCCCGCAACCGGGUCUAUCAGACCUGGAAUCCGGGGGACCUCGUCUACUUCUGGCGCAAAGGGAAAGGCCUUGACCCUCGCCCUGGGAAGAAGGGCGGAUGGUACGGCCCUGCUCGUGUCCUUGCUCAGGAAAAACGACACGUGGACGGGCGCACCCGUCCUGCCUCGGUCAUCUGGAUCUCCCACGGGAGCGUGCUCAUCAGGUGCGCCCCGGAGCAGCUGCGCGUCGCCUCGGAGGCAGAGAAGAUGAUCGUCGAAUUGCAGCGGCAGAGCAACCUUGGCAAGACCAUGACGGAGAUCUUGGAGACAGCCAAGGGCGGUACCUAUGAAGACCUUCUCGGACAAAAUCCUCCAGACCUCCGAGAAUACGAGCCUCCACCGCAGCCGACGAUGGCGAUCCCCGCGACCGAGGGCCAGACUCUCGAGAACAACAGCGAGGCGGGACUCCCCUCAGGCGAGUCGAGACUUCGAUGGCGCAUGACACACCGCGGACCAGAGCUCGAUCUGCACGUACCGCUGGAGAAGCGACAGAAAGGCGCAGACGAGGAGAUGGCCGACGCGCUGUUCGACAGCAACCACCUGGUCGACCUCUUCAAGGACAAGCUGGACAUCACCCUCGGCAUCGACGAACAGCAGACCGUCUACUUCGAGUACUUGCAAGACGAGAAUACCACUCCAGACGGACGCCGAGGUUUGAUGAGCCACAUCCUGGACAGCUUCGUCGUCAACCAGCGCCGGAAGGACAAGGUGGAGCUGACCUGGUCCAAGAUGAACGCCACCGAGCGUGAGGAGUUCGAGGCAGCCAUCGCCAAGGAGACGAACAACUGGAUCCAGCAUCAGGGACUCCGCGCUGUCCCGAUAUCUCGGGUCAGGGACGCGGCGGACGUCAUCCGGGCAAGGUGGCUCUUCACCCGCAAGUCCGAUGGGAAGGCGAAGGCCCGGCUCGUCCUCCUCGGCUACCAGACGAAGGACCUAGGACAGGAGCCGACAGCCAGCCCCACCGCGUCUCGGCGCGCCCGUCACGUGAUGCUAACAGUGGCCGCCGCGAACCGCUGGAAGCUCAUCAAGGGCGACGUCACCUCCGCCUUUCUGCAGGCCCACGACCUCGACAAGGACCUCUUCAUCGAGCCAGAUGCCGUCCUCAGAAAGGCCUUCCACGUGCAGGAAGGGGAAAUCCUCCAGGUCGUGAAACCUGGAUAUGGGAUCGGCGAGGCGCCCCGGCACUGGUGGGAGACGGUCAAGCACGACUUUGCGAAACUUCGACUCCAAGCCUGCGAGUUGGAGCCCUGCCUCUGGAAAGCACGAUGUUCCAGGACGGGUAUGCUCAUCGGUAUGAUCAUGGCCCACGUCGACGACUUCAUCAUGGCAGGAGAUACCUCCCACCCUGAGUGGCAGGACAUGGUCAAGCAGAUCCGAGGGCUCUACAAGUGGGGCACCUGGGAGGACAUGAAUGACGGGCUCACCUCUCUCGAACAGUGCGGCGUCACCAUCGAGGAGAGCGAGCAGGGCUUCUUCCUCCACCAGAAGUCGUACAUCGACAAGAUCAAGGAGGUCAAGGCGGCCAGCGGCAGUAAGCAUCGGACCACCGACAGCCUCCAGGACUCUGACAAGACGGUGCUCAGGGCGUUCUGCGGCGAGAUCUACUGGCUUGGCGUGAAUACCAUGCCAUUUCUCUUAUCGUGGGUAGCCGACCUCCAGAUGAAGAUACCAUCAGGUACUCACAACCUCUUCACGGCCGCUAACAACAUCGUCAAGCUCGUCAAGCAGAGCCGCCACAUGGGGAUCAGGAUCUACCGGCACGCCCUGGACGACCUCGCCAUCUUCACCUGGUGUGACGCAGCCUGGGCCAGCCGCCCGGAUGGACACUCCCAGGGUGGUCAUAUCACCGCUAUCUCCUCCAAGGCGGCCAUGGACGGGAAGCUCUCCGAGUUCACGGUCCUCGACUGGGGCUCCAAGAAGCUGCGCCGCGUGGCUCGGUCAAGCCUGGCGGUGGAGGUGCAGGAAGCCGGCGACGCCGAAGGCGAACAGAGCAUG